AUGACACGUGGAAGAUAUCAACAUCUUGCACCGCCUUCGAAAGCGGCUAAAGUAAAUCGUCUUCGCUUCUUUGCUCAUAUAUUAAGGAGACCGGCACAUCGCCUCGUCCAACGAGUUCUGAAGAGUUCGUCGGGUUCGAGCUGGAAGAAGCCACCUGUCCGGAAAGGGAAGUUCCGGACUGAGGUGGUAAAAGAGGACCUGAGGACACUCGGCGUGGAUAGGCAGUUCAGGCGAGACGUAAGGUUUCGCAGAACAUGGAAUAGCGACGAAUGGAUUGAUUCUGUGCAUGAUCUCGCAGAAGAUCGAGAAGGUUGGGCAGAGCUGUGUUUAAGGACAGCACACCUCGGCGAAGAUGCGGGUAAUCGCGUCAGGCGAUGA